GCUUAGGGCAGGGGUGGGGGCACGAAAAAAAAAUUUGCACUGGGGCCUAUCACCAUGAUGUUACGCCACUGUAUUAUGCAGUAACAGAUUACACCGUUGAAUGUAUUAACAUGCAAUAGAGAAGCUUAUACAUAAGAAAUAAGUCAUAAGAAAUAAGUAAUGACUUUAUCGCAACUUUAUUCUCUUUAGUAAUGACUUUAUUACGAGUUUAUUCUCUUUAGUAAUGAUUUUUUUUACAACUUUAUUCUCAUGAAUUAUGACUUUAUUAGGAGUUUAUUCUCGUUAGUAAUGACUUUAUUAUGACUUUAUACCCGUCUCUAAUGACUUCAUUAUGACUUUAUUCUUGUAAAUUAACGAAUUUAAUCCCAAAGUCUUUUUUAUUUUCUUAAUGUGGCCCUAAUACUCCAUCAGACAAGAUAGAAAAAUGAGACAAAAAUUAAGAAAGUGAACAUGAGCGACUAUAACAGGUUGAACUUGCACACAAAAAAAUGUUCCUGUUAUAUAGUUAAGAGCUGACUAGAAAGCAUUGUUCACUUAAGAGCCCUUUCACACAGUACAGUACAAAAAAUAAAUAAAUAAACCUUUUCCACGCCUCUCUCUGUCUUAUAACCAAGUUGGACUAGACUUCAAAAAAACUCUGAACAAGCAAUGAGUUACUGGUCUGAGAUCACUGUGUGACUGAUGUGUUUCUAAGAGCUGUGUUUCACCCUGUUUACACGUUGGACUCUUUGUCUUUCUUUGUCUGUUUUCUAUUUAGGCAGAUGGCUGUUGAUCUGCACAACACACUCUAAAUCUGCUCCACAUGUAAAGCCACCAUUAGCUUUUUUUGGGGGUUGACACUUGAAAUAGGAGGAUUGUUUAAAAACAGGCAUAAGAUUAAGGGAUGCACAGAACGAGAUAAGGUGGUUUAGCAGUCAGGACAGGAUGGCACAUUUGCAGAGACAAUAACUACACCUGACAUGUACAUAUUUCAAUCCACCAAGAAAUAUAGUAUAUAGAGACACAAUCACAGACAAAGAUCAUGUUGUCCAGAGGAAUCCAUUUUUGCAGGGGGAGGACUAAAUUUGGAAAGAAGUCUCAAGAUUGCAAGAUUUUUGAAAGUAACAAUCAAAAAGACUUGUUUUGUUUUCAGUCAAGGGCCUGCUGGGGUUCUCAAGAGAAAUCAUGCAUCAAGUGAACAUGGCUAUGGCGCCACCCUGUGUCACAAAUAGGGAACAGCAACAAAGCCUUUAAAAAGAAAAGAAAAAUGACAGUAUGAAAGUAUAAACCACUGAGAGCUGUUAAGGAUCUUUUAAACCCGGGCUCUUAUGGGUUUUACAACAGGAGUUAGAAAUUUUGAACACUAUCAAUGUUUUGUAUUACCUUACAUUUUAUAUUAUUUGUGUUUUUUAAUUAAGUGUUUUCCAACGAGAACAAUACUCCACGUCAAAAUGAUAUUUAAAAUUUGCCUGACCUUUUUCAGAGGCUAAAAAUUCCACAUAGACUGACAAAGUAAUUACUUUAACAAGACAUUGGUCUGUAUGUAACAGAAAUGACAGAGUCUAAACUCUGGUCUUGUGAUUAUCAAUAUAUAACAAGAAAUUUUAGAUGUUCAUUUUCUGGUAUAUGUACUCAUUUCUCACACAGUAUGAUUGUGUCUCGUAAUACGAUAAAGUGUCUUUUAUCCUAUAAAGUACAGGUUCCUGGUCUGGGGUCCGUGUUCACUCGUUGGGGAACCAGAGACCUGAGGGGCAGCACAAGAUUUUGUAUGUUCUGUUGAAUUUUUGCAAUUGAGAUUCACUAAUAUUAACAAAAAAACAUGAUAAAAUACUAACUAAAUAGUUUGUUCAACUGUGUAGAUAAAACAUUGUGAGGAGAUGCAUCAUCUCUGCAUUUCUUCUCUGAAGAUUUUGGAGUCAUUUUAAAUCCAAUAGAUUAUUUAAAAUUCUGUUUCAGCUUUCUUUCUUUCAUAAAAUCCCUUCUUGAAAUUGAAAUAGAAAAAAAAAGAAAGAAAAUCUAACUCAAAUCUAACUCAUUUUGCAAACAAAAUGUGGGGAAUGAUUUGUGUAAUAAAAGAAAAAUAAAGAUAAGUACAGUAAUAUAGAUUUUUGUUGAUAUUUUAAAUGCAUUCCUUUUCUGUCUUUACCUCAGAUAGCCCUCUCUUCUUCCCCCUUGGGCUGUAUAGGAGAUAUAUUUGCACACUGCAUGAGGGGAGAUUUCUUUCAAGUAUUUGGGUCAAAAACAAAACGACUGAGUGAGAGAGUGAGUGAGUGAGGAAGCAGGGGGCGAGAGGGGCUGAGAGGAUUGCAGGGCAGGCAAACAAAACUGUUCCACAACACAUGGACUUUCCCCCCAUGUGAAUUAACAUUCAAGCGCUGAUCUCCCUGUUGAGCAAUGAGGCCAACGAGAAGAGGAGGCUGAAAGACAGAUGAGAUAGAGGGAGGGCUGUGGGAUGUCAUGUGUAAAGAAGGAGAAUCUCAUUGGAGGCAAAGAGAGAGAAGAGAGCUAUGCAUGUUUUGAGGGAGAAAAGGGACAAAAAAGAAGCAUCCUACACGCUGAAGCCAUCUUGGUCGCACUGCUCUGACUAGAACUCCACAUCAGACUAUUAUCAAGGUAAGUGUUGAAUGCAUAUGAGCAGACAUAUCAAACAUAUUUUUAGUUGCAGUUAUUGUCAGUGUAGAAAAAGAUCAACUCUGUGCUAAAAUGUUUCGGUUCAGAGUUAGUCUUGAAUUAUCUCUAUUUCACAUAAAAACAUGUUUAUAUCUCCUCAAACAGCCUAGAGAUGUCUCAUUUGUAUGUUUUUUUAAACGUGACCAUCUCUUUUCUUUGUCUUAAUUUGCAAGCUGCUCUCUUUCAAUAAGAAAAUAAGAAUAGGUCUUUAGUAUUGAACUCUGCUGUUCAUCAGUUUUCUAAUCUCCUCACAUUGUGUAGUAAUCUAGCUUUACAUUGAUGUUUAAAUGCAGGUCAUCUGGAUUAAUAAAAUUAUAUACUUAGAAGUGCUGGAAGAGAAAAAAAAUCAAGUAAGAACUCAUGUUUAAGACUUGAGGAAAUAUCAUGACUACUGGCUGUCUACAAGCCAAUUUAGGCAAAGAGGACUAGCCAAUAAAGCAAAUUACACAUAGGAGUAAAAAGUACAUUUGUGACACUGUUGGCUUGUCUUCUUUUACCCCUUUGUAUCACAUAGUGGCUUUGGGAACUGGGCUGAAAUGAUGUCCUCAAAGCUGAAGUGGCUGCUUGUGAUCCAGCUCCUUCUGAGUGAACAGGUUCUGUGCAGAGUCCCUCCUUCAUUGGCACCGAGAAACUCACUGCUUCCAGAAACUGGCUUCCAUGAAAACUUGAAGGGGACUACGAAACCAGAUCAUCAGUCUAACCUUGGAUCCAAGCUCCAGCUCGGCCUCCCUCCCACUUCAGAGAAACCUGGUCCAGUAUCAGAGGUUGAACAAAAACAGACGAGAAUUCAAUCUGCAAAACUUAUAACAUCAGUCCUCAGGGAAAAGCUUCAGGGCCAUAUUCAAGAUCACGGGCACAUUCAAGAGAAUGUCAGCUGUGUGGAGCUCUUGUCUGCCAGCACUCUGGAUGACCCCUCGUCCUCACUGUUUCCACAGGAACUGCUAGGUCUGUCUCUAGUGCCUGUGCUGGCAGUGGCAGGCUGUACACGGGAAGCUCAGACCCUGGUGCUCAAGCUGUAUGAGCUGCUGGGAGAGCUUGACACUGAGGAUCUUCUUAUGGAAGUGGAGGACCUGAUAGAGAGGAGGAUGAGAAAGACCGCUUCAAUGCCUACAUCUGCACCAGCAGCAGCACCAUCAGAGGGGGCUCAAGCAGGAAGCCACAUUGAGGCUGUGAUGUUCAACAUCAAGCAGCUUGGCUUGGUAGGAGAAGGGAUGUUUAAACAAGAGGGGCACUGUGAGGGCUGGAGCAGGGUUAACGGGACAACACUUGUAGGAACAGCUGUAGAAGGAGCUACAGGGGAUCUGGAAGAGGCUGUGAACACCUGUGAGAGGCUGGGAGUCCUGUGUGCCGGAGUGAGCAGCAGUGGAACGCACAAAUACAGAAAAUACCAGGCCGUGCUUAGAAAAGGAAGUCGCAUCCUGCCCUCUGAAUCCUCAGGUUCUGAAAGUUGGAUUCACCAGUGCAGCUCAGAGGAAGAUGUCACCACCUCUGAAGGUCCAAGUCGACGACUGAAGCGAAGCCCCCAAAGGAGAUGCAUCAAUCGGAGUGAGGAGCGUGUGUACAAUGUGGUGGAGUGGAUCCCAGCUGUCAGCACCCUCUACAAUCUGGGCACUGCUGUGUACUACGCUACAGUCAACUGCUCUGAAACGGCCAAAGAGAGAGCCAUCCUCAGCGCUGUGGACCUCGGUACAGAUGCUCUCAUGGUGGCCACAGGAGGGACUGCUGGGGUGGCGGGUUAUGCGCUGGGUGCAGGGGUGAAGACAGGGGUGAAAGCUGGUGUCAGGUAUCUGCUCAACUCCAUGAAGCAGGAAGACGACGUGCUGGUGAACCAGGUCAGCUGGGAGGAGGGCAUCCUUACCAUCCAAUAGACCGGCUGAUCAACAAACCAACCUAUGAAGCUUUAGCAUUAUACACAGAUAAUGCUUUUAAAUUCAGAAAACACUUAUCCAGGAUCACAGCUGUUAACUGACCAAGUUUAAGAGUAAGAAAUUCUUCUGUAGGAUUUUAUAGCUGUUACGUUUUGGAAAAGGGUAUUACAGGUUUAUGCAUCACUCAGUGAAUUACCUACAAUCAAGUUUUGUAAUGGACAAAAGCUUUUUGGUUGUUUGUUUGUGCACACCAACUCCUUUUGACAGUUUAAAAUGGUUGCUAUUGAUUAUCUGAAAAAAACUUUCUACGCCUGUAAAUGUAAAUGACCAUUUUGUUUGUUGUUGUUUUUUAAACAGACUGAGUAAAUUAGCCAGAGAAAAAACGAAAGACAGUAGUUGUAAAAAUGUUGUUAGUUUAUUGAAAAAGUAGGAUGAUGAAAUGUACGUUUUUUGCAAAGUCUACUUCUCUGUUAUGAAAAAAAAAAAGAAAAAUCUUUUAUCAUGCUAAGCUAAAACGUUUUCAGAAAUGGUCUCAGGUAUUAAAUGCUCAAUCACUCAACACUAUAAACCUGACUAUAAACCUGCAGUGUCUUUUCCUCUGUUUCCUGUUUUUGAUCACCCCAGAGACUUUCUAUCUAUUCACACUUUUUGUCCACCUGGUUAUUUGCAGGGACAUUAAACUGAGAAUUUCAUUUGUGUUUGGAUCAUUUCUAAAUGUCAAUAAAAAAGUACACUAAAUCUGAGUGCCUUCAGUGACUGUAAUGUGGUAUUUGGAUUUGAAAAGGAGGAACAUCACAAAAAUGAUGACUUUAUGCAAAAGCAGGCUAUCUCACAAUUAUAUUUGUUGCAGGAAAACUGUAAAAUGAUGAAAGCUGGAACAGACAUGCUAAAAACUGUGGAAAUCAUGUGUGAUCAUGGUCAAGCUUCUUGUUAUGUCAUUAAAUGUUGAACCACUAGUCUCUA